AUGGCUACGGUACUGAACCGUCCGUCCGACCCUACCUCUGCCUUCAGCAUCAAUCCUCUUACCAUAAUCGAACUCAAUACUCAUCAUGAAUUACAAUCUCCUGUGCUGAAAAAAGGGUUUGUGUUUGUCCCCAUCCUUGGUUUCUACAAUGAUCGGCGUCAUCUCGCCGACAAUGUGAUUGAACAAAUCAACAAAGGCAACGCCGCCUGGAAAGACAGCCUCGACAAGAAAGCAUUCUAG